UUUAUACACAGGUUGAUUCUCUAUUCCGAAGGGCAGCCUCGCCGCGCGACCCUUCACGCCAUCAUAGUACACCCUUAGUGGUGGGACUUCAACAACCAUGGAAUUCUACUUUUCUCUCAUCUUGGCUUUUAUUCUCCUCCCACUGCGAAUACGGUGCCAAACUGUACAGGAUGAUUGGACUGCACCCGCAGCUCCUGACGGAUCUACACCGCUACAGAGUGGCACAAAAUUCACUCUGCUCUGGAAGUCAGGCCUCCAAAAUUCUUUCGAAAGCUAUUGCCCUUUGUGCGAUACCACAAAACUCGAUCUUUGGAUCACCAACUUCAAUGGGACUAAAUACACCUCUAAGAUUGGUCGCGGUAUCGAUCUCACCACGACCUCAUCUUACGAUUGGAACGUAAACAUAGCUUCCAAUGCGUUUUCGGAAAAGGAUUUCUGGGUGUUCCGCUUCACUUUCUUCGACUCUGCGGAUCCGUAUACACAGCAGAUCUCAUCGCCUGGAUUCAAAAUUAAUGGCCUUGUGAAAGCGUCUAGCACAGUCGCAGUUCAGUCGAGUAGUACUACAUCUGCCGUACCAACAUCCUCGAGAAUCGCCGCCACUUUCACCAGUGUCGCCUCCUCAAGCUCCAGCACACCACAAUCUACAGAACAAACAUCUACUCCAAGUUCAUCAUCGAAGAGUAACACUUGGAUUGCUGGCGUUAUCGUAGGGCCCCUUAUCGGUAUAGCCUUGGGUGCUGCGCUGAUGUGGUUUUGUUUACGCAAACGUAAGAACAAGAAGGCACAGCAAAAUCAAGGAGAUGUAGGACAUGAUGAAGAUCGUCAUUAUCAACAGUAUCCGCCUGGUCACAAUCCAAAGGAGGGGUACUCUCAAACAGUGACGAGUGAUUCUCAACCAUGGCAACACCAAACAGGGAACCAUGGCCAGUACAUAGCAGAAGUUCCAGGCAGUACGAGUCCUAAACAACCCGCAGAGUUGUGGCAGGGAAACUAUAGCUCAUAAUUCUAGUCUCAAUAAGAGUGAGAGGAAUGCCCCGAUGUGGUCGUGCUAUACAGCAUGUGUUUGCUGCUGAUGGCUGAUAUGCACAAAAGAAUUCAUGUAGCGGCCUAACUUUUGCAUUCCGAGAUAAUUGGCAAUGAUGAUGGACUUGUUGGACGAUGG